CCUCGAUUCCCAAUAGCCUUUUCGCUGAUUGAGACUCGAAGCAAUGCCAUCCGUCAGUCCGUUUCAGAUUGCCAUUCCUGAGGAACGACUCCAAAGGCUGCGCCAGAAGCUCUCGUUGACCGAUUUUCCGGAUGAAGUGAACCUGGAUAGCGAAUGGGAAAGAGGAUGCCCCCUGGAGAAAAUGCAAGAGUUAGUGCGUUACUGGCUUAAAGAAUUUGAUUGGCGGAAGCAGGAGUGUCUGCUCAACAGAAUGCCUCAAUUCACCUAUGCGGCGGAGAUUGAUUUGUUUGGAAGAUACAACAUUCAUUUUGUUCAUCAGCGAAGUCAGACGCAGAAAGCCAUCCCACUUUUGUUUGUACACGGAUGGCCUGGCAGCUUUGUGGAAGUCAGCAAAAUUCUGCCACUUCUCACGAAAAGCAACCAAGAUAAGCCUUCGUUUCAUGUAGUCGCACCCAGUCUGAUCGACUUCGGCUUCUCCGAUGCCAGCGGAAAGAAGGGUUUCGGAAUGGAUCAACACGCAGAGGCAUAUCAUAAACUUAUGUGUUCUUUGGGAUACCAUGUCUAUGUUGUCCAGGGAGGUGACCUUGGAUACGCCGUAGCUCGAUUCAUUGCCUGGAAAUACCCGGAGUCAUGCGCAGCUCACCACACCAAUAUGCCGGCGCCUAGUCCUCCCAAAAACGACAUCGCAGAACUAAGCGCAGAUGAAUUGCAAAGGAUGAGGUUAACACAGGAUUGGCAGAACAAUGAGAUGGCAUACGCUAUGCUUCACGCUACAAAGCCCCAGACGAUAGGGUACAGUAUAGCUGAUAGCCCAGUUGGCUUACUCGCAUGGAUUUAUGAGAAGCUCCAUGGCUGGACCGAUCAAUACCCAUGGUCCAAGGAUGAGAUUCUCACAUGGGUGAGCAUCUACUACUUCUCGAAGCCUGGUCCCGCCGCCACCCAACGCAUCUACUUGGAAAACGAACAGAGAACACCUAAAGCUUUCGAUCAGGCAGCAAGCUAUGUGAACGUGAAGCUUGGUAUCUCUAUGUUCCCCAAGGAGAUACUUCAGCUGCCAUCAAGGUGGAACAGGACCUUGGGACCGGUAGUGUUCGAGCGCCGGCAUGAAAGAGGUGGACAUUUUGCCGCUUGGGAGUGUCCUGAACUCCUGGUUGCCGAUCUAAGAGAGAUGUGCAUGAAGAACAGUGAUAUCUAUGAACACAUACAGACCUCGAGUGGAGCCACCAUAUAGAUAUCAAUACAAACAACUCUCAUCUAUGUCUGAUACGCAG